AUGCUCUCUCUGGCUUCCCUCGUGGCCACCGCCUCAGCGACUGGCGCCGCACUCGCCAUGUGCUCCAGCAAGGAUCGACAGGCGGUCAGUUCGGCCAGAUGAAUGCGUAUGUGAUGAUGAGAGUGGCAUUUCAGCAGCGCAAGCCGUCUAAGAAGUCGUCCAAGUCGUCCAAAUCGAAGCGCUCGGUCUCGUCGGCCUCCGGCUCCAAGUCCAAGCGCUCUGGCUCCAAAUCCUCCAAGUCUCACCGUCAUCGCCACGGAGCGAAGAGCUCGAAAGGACACCGUCGCAGCCGUCGCUCCUCGAAGAGCUCCAAAAUCUCCAAGAGCGCUUCCGCCUCCGAGAAGUCGCAGCGUGACGUGGAUCCUGCGGCCGUGAAGAGAGGAAAGGAGGGCAAGUCAAAGCGCUCGGACAAGAAGAAGAAGUGCGCCGCCAAUCAGUGCGCCGAGAAGGACGUAAGUGCGCUUUCUUUAUUUACAGAAAAGCAAACCGAACAUAA